AGAUGUCAGCACAGAAAAACACCGGCCCAUUAUGACAAUUGGGAUUAACAGGCCAGAAGCUAGCAAUGCCGCAAACCAGGAAACAGCUGCUUUAUUUUUACUGAUGUUCAAUACAUUUGAAGUCUAUCAAACAUUAUACUCCAUUAUGAAAUGCCUGGAGUCUGACCUAAAAUCAGUUUCACAAGCGAGGAAGCUGCUAGUAACCCUUUCUGCCGAGAAGCAAAUGACUGGAGAAAGCUGGACUCAGUCGCAAGUGACACCCAGUGACCGUGCUGAGGCUUUGACAGUGAGGGAUCUGAAAGUACGGCCAUAUCAACCUGGUGUCAUCCAGGGUUCCAGUUGUUCCCACCGAGGCAGAGCCGCAGCCCUUACGUGGCUUGGUUACGCAGGAGGUAAUUUCUGUGCUGGUUAUGAUUUGAAAGUCCUGGCCCACAACCCGACCUCAGUCAAAUUGGAACAACAUGUCGCCAAAGGUCCUGGUCCCAUGAUUGAAGCCACGAAGGAUGCUCACAAAGCAGCCAGCCUGCACUGUAGUUUGGCAGACGCUCGUGCUAUGUCCGUGCCCGUACACCAAGCGGUGCCCCCUUACGUUGCGAGAUCCUGGGACUGGAUCAUCCGCACGGUUGAACGCAGCCGUCUUGGGCAUUAUUUUGGCCUGGGACAG